AUGACAUCUCUGAAAGGAAAAGUCAUUGCUGUCACUGGUGCGGCCGGAGGCAUAGGAUCAGUGACCGCUGAUUUGCUUGCCGCUAGGGGCGCGAGCCUUUCUUUGGCCGACAUGGACGAAAAGGCUCUUAAUGACACUGCCAGAGAAAUUCGUGACAAGCACAAAAUCGAUGUCCUCACUACUAAGGUCGAUGUCACAGACUCUAAACAAGUGGAUGACUGGAUUGCAGCUAGUGUAAAGCACUUCGGCAAGCUUUCUGGAGGGGUUAACCUGGCAGGUACAGUUGGGAGAGAAAUCGGAUUGAAGGCUGCUCAUGAAGUCUCGGACGAAGAUUUCGACCUGGUCAUGGCGAUAAAUGUCAGAGGGGUCAUGGCCUGCCAGAGAGCCCAGUUACGAAAUAUCGAAGAUGGAGGAUCUAUCGUCAACGCCGCCAGCGUCGCCGGGAAGAUAGGCAUACCCAACCUGCUGGCAUACGGUGCAAGCAAGCACGCUGUCAUUGGGAUAACUAGGACUGCCGCAAUGGAGAAUGGUCAUCGGAAUGUGAGAGUGAAUGCGGUGGCACCUGGAAGCAUCGACACUAAGAUGCUUGGUAUAGCUCGUGACGUAAACAUGCCCGGCAGUGAUAAACCACUGGCCCCGAUCAAUCGGCUAGGGAAGCCAGAGGAAGUCGCCGCAUUGAUUGCAUUCUUAUUGAGCGACGAAGCCACAUUUACAACAGGCGCAGUCUAUACAAUCGACGGUGGCAUGACUCCAUAG